AUGACAGACUGGUACUUUGAGAAUUUCAUGCGAGACUUCGAAGAAGAAACGUCAACAGUAGAUGGAGAUAAUGAACGUGGCGAGGUUAUUGCAAAAGAGUCUCAAGAUUUUAUCCUGAACCUACUUGAUUUGCGUGCCUCCACUCUCCGUAGCAAAUUCAGAAAAUCCGCCCUAUAUCAGAAAGGAUCUGUUGUGUCGGGCACAUGGCGGAGCGGAGAAAGAAGAAUAUACGUCAACUCUACUCUUUAUGAUGAUACUCCGGGAACUGCUUUCUUGCUCUUGAAAAAUUUUCUAGUGAAUCGCAACAGGGAUGAUCUCAACACCUCUGCUAACAUCAUCAAAGCUUGUGUCUCUGCUGCUGGAUACUAUAGGGAUAUAACCUUUGUACGUGGAACUGCUGGAGUUUGUGCUCUUGGUGCUGUUGUGUCAAAGUACCAAGGAAAUACACAGAUGAUUGAACAAUAUUUGACCCGAUUCAAAGAGAAUGAAGUAAAGGAAUAUAGGCGAGAUGGAAUAUUACACGGGAGAGCUGGACACUUAUGGGCAUGUCUGUUCUUGAAUAAGCACUUAGGUGAUGGAGUGAUUCCUUCAUCCUACACUAUAAAAACAGAAUGGAUUAGUGAAUAA